AUGGUACAUCUAGAUCCCACUGCAGAGGUUGGAGGAAAAGCCUUACCGUGUGUAGUGGAUGUUCGGGACGAAGCAUCAGUGCAAAGCGCUGUCGAAAUGGCGGUGAAAACGUUCGGCGGAAUCGACAUACUCAUUAACAAUGCGUCAGCUAUUAGUUUAACGAACACAGAAGACACGCAGAUGAAGCGAUACGACCUCAUGCAUUCUAUAAACACUCGGGGAACUUUUCUUAUGUCCAAACAAUGCUUGCCAUAUUUGAAGCAAAGCAAGAACGCACACAUUCUGAACAUUUCACCUCCACUGUUGAUGGAGCCGAGGUGGUUUUCAAAUCAUGUGGCAUAUACAGUGGCAAAAUACGGGAUGUCAAUGUGUGUGCUUGGAAUGCACGAAGAGUUCCGUCCAUAUGGUAUCGCUGUUAAUGCGUUAUGGCCCAUAACAGGCGAGUUUUUUUUCUCGAUCUGGACAGCAGCUAUGGACAUGCUUAGUGGUGGUUCUGGUGCUUCAGGAUCUAGAAAGCCAGAAAUCAUGGCCGAUGCUGCGUACGCAAUGCUUUCUAAGAAUAGUCGUGACUAUACGGGAAACUUUGCAAUUGACGAGGAAGUGCUUCGUGCUGAAGGUGUUACCGACUUCACGAAAUAUGCUAUCGAUCCUAGUGCACCGUUAAUCGCGGAUUUUUUUAUUCCAAACAUUGAAAAUUAUCCGGAGACGUUUUUGCAGUCACCUGAAAGGCAAAAGAGUGUCGAUAAACUGAAAAAGGUAGCUGUGGAAGAAGAUAUCACUAACGUUCUGGCUAAUAUGAGAAAUUUGGUAUCGAAAGAGUUGGUGGAAAAGUUGUCAGCCGUUUAUGAAUUCACUCUUACUGGAGAUCAGGAGAGAAAAAUUCUGUUGGAUCUAAAAAAUGGUGAUGGAUCAAUAACUGAGAAGGGUGAUAAUAAUGCAGAUGUGAAAUUUACUCUUGCCGCCACGGACUUUGCACCAAUGUUUACGGGUAAAUUAACUCCAACAAUUGCAUUUAUGGCGAAAAAACUGAAGAUAAAGGGCGAUAUGACGAAAGCGUUGAAGCUGGAGAGCGUUCUGAAGGAACUAACGAAGAGUAAACUGUAG